GUUUGUCCGUUUGCAACUGUGACAUAUCGGACGACGAAGUGGACGCUGGUUGGUGAUGAAGCUUGUUUCUGCGGAGCACAUGUGCCAACCGCAGCAGCUGUCGAGAUACCAAGUAUUUGGACCUGAAAUUAUUCGAGCAAGGUUAGCGUAAACUUGAGUUGCAAAAACCGGAGGACGAUGCUGUGACGGAGAUGGAUUCUGCAGCGUUUUUGGCAUCUGCUGCAUUUGGGUCGUUGACUGCUGCGCGGACUGAGGUGGCUUCAGUAACUGCUGCAAGCGAUGAUAAGGCUGUGAAGUGCUGCGUCGGUUUUGAUGUCGACUGCGACAAUUUUGGUCAAGAUCUUGCUGCUCUGCUUGAAGAUAUGAAGAGAUUUCGGCUUCGGAAUGGUUCGGGUUCAUUCGCAGAAAGACGCGUGUCUGUCGCCAUUCGGGUCCAAGACCAGCAAGAAGUACCGUGAGAUACAUCUCACGAGGGAAGUAUCCUCCACUCUUCUCCAGUUGAUCUCGUAGUGUACGGACGCGGUUGACGUAGUCCAUGACAUUUUCGUUUGUCAUCAUCUGUACACUUGUCAGCUGCGAAAGUAUUUUACUCACUGUUAUUGUAUCCUUUGCCAUGUAUACCCCCUUCAGAUGGUUCCAAGCAGUUUCGGCUGGUGUAAAGCUUGAGUGAAAUGAUCGGACGCCGAGCUGCUCCUUCGGCGACAAGUUCCGAACAAGAACUGUAUAAGCCCCGAGAGAGGCGUGCAAGAAACUCUGCUGCUGCAGUUGUGUUCCCACGACAGGAUACGUGAACUCGCCGGUGAAGAACGGCCAUAGCCCAGCGGACUGCGCCAGAAGUUCAAACUCAAAGCUCCAGGAGUAGAAGUCGACUCCGUUAAAAGGGGAACGGCCGAAAAUGUAGAAAGGAUGCUUGAAUCUGCUGCGACUGCGGCUGCUGUACAGAAGGUGCAGUCGAAGAAACACCUGGAGUGUUAACAGAAGGCGGAUUCUGCUGUUGCAUACCGAUAUGAGCAUAGGCUGGUGGAAACGGCCUAGAGGCUGAGAGACCAGUGGCGGUAGUGGAGACAUGUACUCCAGUAGUUCCGGAAGUUGAUCCGGCAGACAGUGCUGGUGAUGAACCAGUCAUUGUUGACAGUAGUCUUAAUUCCAGAUAGCUCUCAUACCAUGAAAUAACUUGUCCAAUGUUGUAGAAGACUAAGUAUAAAACUGCAAACACUAA